AUGCCCUCACCACUCGAACUCAGCAGUCGCAUGAAGACUAUCGGCAUCAUUGGUGGCAGCACAAAUGUCGCGACCGCCGAAUACUACAACAUCCUCAAUGCCGCAGUCAAACGCCGCCUUGGGGGGUUCCACACGGCGAAGAUCAUGAUGAACUCCAUGGACUUGGCCACAUCAGUCCACUUCGUCCAUGGAGGGCUCUGGGACGAAGGCUCCGAGAUUCUUCGAGGCAUGGCGGAAAGCCUAGAAAGAGCCGGCGCAGACUUCAUUAUUUGCGUAUCGAAUACUUGGAACAUGCAUUCCACGAAAUGGAUGCGUGGCAUCAAGAUCCCGCUGCUGCACAUCACUGAGCCCUUGAUCGCCGCCAUAGAGUCCAAGAAGGUCGCACUGCUGGGUACGAAGGCCACAAUGAUCAGCCCAUACAUUCCGGAAGUCCUCGCCCGCCACGGUAUUGAGACGAUCGUACCAACCGAAGCUGAGAUGGACGAUAUUGACAGGAUCAUCUUCCAGGAGCUAUCGUACAACAAUUUCCUAGAGUCCUCGAAAGCGGCAUACCUGAAGAUUGUGGACAGGUUGUGCACCAAAGGCGCGAAAGGGGUCAUAUUGGGGUGUACGGAGAUCCCGCUUCUGAUCAAGCAAUCAGAUAGGCCGGAAGUACCAUUCUACGACACGCUGGAACUCCAUGCGGAGGCGGCAGCGGCGUUGGCGGUGCAAGGUAUAGAAAGUUAA